UUCGCCAGUUUUACAAAAGUUUCCAAUACCGAACUUGUUGUGAUACGCGCCAUAAUCUGUAAUGACAGUGUUAUCAAGCAAUGUUUUCAUUGGACUGCAACUGUUAUAUCAAUCCAUAGACAUACAGAUAGGGAAUGGAAAUCAGAUUAUAUUACAAUGAAUACAACAACGAACGAGUCAACUUUCCAACAAGAAGGACCACACAGGACUGAUAUUUUUCAAAUUCACAGAACUGCCGCCCCAGAAUUACUCAUCAUUGACAGGGUUAUCACUCCUAUAUGGUACUUCAUUGGCAUCAUUGGGAACAUUUUAAGCGCUAAAAUAUGGCUUUCACAGAAGAUGCGACAAUCGAAUUCAUCUGCGAUUUAUCUUGGUGCAAUCGCUGUUGUAGACUUAAUUUUUAUUUUCUUGCAUGUUUGGAUGGAACUCCUGCAGGCAUAUGGAAUAAGCACUUUUAAUCAGCCUGUGUUGUGUGAAGUUUUUAAUGUAUUCUUCCUUUGUCCACAGUAUCUAGCGCCGCUUCUUAUAUUAGGAUUCACAUUUGAACGAUUUAUAGCCAUUCGCUUCCCGUUUUUGAAGGAAAGUGUCUGUUCCGUAAAGAAGGCGUGCAUUGCUGUUAACAUUCUUAUAGCCGUAUCUUUACUCAUUAGUUUGAUGCAAGCUUAUUUCUGGACGUAUGAUGAGAUAGGAGAUGCGUGUGAAAUAAUUGGGUAUAAGGAAUUCUUUUACACAAUAUGGACGUGGGUGUCUGAAAUGAUUAUAUUUGCUGCAGUUCCCCUGAUUGUUCUCAUAUUCAACAUACUCGUCAUCAAAGAAAUCAAGAAAAUCAAUAAAUUCCAGGCUUCAUUUGGACAAGAUCGAGGAUCAAAUCAGACGUCAACAGUCACCUUGUUAUCUGUCUCGUUCUAUCUCAUUUGUACUUUGUUACCAGCAACAAUUGUCUAUGCUAUUCAAAUGAGUAUUAAAUCGGGAAAUUUAGCAACGCAUCCCGCUGAUUGGUCGAAAGAUCCCACGUGGUCUAGUUAUAUGAUUUACUACCAUAUUAGACGGAUUGUUGAGGAAAUUUGUUUGUCAAAUUAUGCGUGUUAUGUAUUUAUCUACUAUAUUACAAGUGCUUAUUUUCGGGCUGAAGUGCACAAAAUGUGGUGCUUAGGCAAAUAUUUUCAAUGCAAACAAACAUCAGAGGAAAAUCAGAAAUCAAGCACCAAUUAUUCGAUCAUUAAAGGGAAGUGUAUUGAUAAAACAAUUCCAACUGAUGUAUGAAGCAAUUUAGGUAUUAUAUUAUUAGGGCAAUUUUAGUGAGAUAUGGAAACAUCUUCGAUAGCUUGAACAUAUUUAUCAUUUGUCUUUUGAAAAGAAAAUACAAAGAGAUGUCAUGUUUUACACAAUUACACUAUCUAAAGGUGUUGACAACAAAACGAAACUAAAGGAUGAUUCAACAAAGUUCAAAUUUGUCUUCUUUAUUGCACUUAUUUUUAAGCAUUGAAUGUAUUAUGACCAACAAUAUUUCCUCUCUGUGUUUAAGCAAUUUGAACAUUUCCAGAAUUACCCAUAGCUGAACAUUUCUAAUGUGACGUGAUUUCAAACCAUCUCGACUUAUAACCCACGAUUCAUUGAUACAUUUGUAAUGAUGUUAGAUGUAGUCCAGCUUGUAAGAUUCUAUCAAAUAUUUCAAGUAUAUCCACACGUCUAUGUUAUUAUAAAACUAUUAAAAUAAGUAUAGUGUCAA